UGAUGUCCGGUUUAUUAAAAAUGUCGUCUAAAAAGAAAGAACCUACCAGUGAGCCACUGUUUGAUCUUGAACAACAAUUUAUAUUGCGAUUACCUCCAGGACCAGCAAUGGCACUUAAACAAGAUGUUCAGUCAUCAUCAAACACAUUGAAGGACAGACUGAGUAUUGAAACACAGCCAGAUUUCAGACGUGCGAAUGUUCGAUAUGGAAAUCAAAUUUUCCAUGGAAAAAUGGUUGAUUUACCUUGUAUUGUUGAAACAAUGAAAACAGUGGAUAUGAAGACUUUCUACAAAACAGCUGAUGUCUGUCAGAUGUUGAUAUGCAAAUCAGAUGAUGAUACAAGUCAAGAUGAAAAUGAAAGUCCAAAGAAAAAAGAAAAAGACAAGAAAUAUCUCUGGAACCAUGGCAUAACCAGGCCAUUGAAGAAUGUCCGAAAAAGAAGAUUUCGAAAAACUUUGAAGAAAAAGUAUAUGGAGCAACCAGAUAUAGAAAAAGAAGUCAAGCGUUUGUUUCGUACCGAUGCUGAUGCAAUAGAUGUCAAAUGGGAAGUGAUCACAGAGGAGGAGAAACCAGAGUGCUCUGGACAGAUGUCGAUUACCAAGUCUGGAGGAACGAGCCUGAAAAGGACAGACACCUCCACCAGUCUGGAUAAUUAUGCGAUUUUUGGGGACCUGAGUAGCUCUGAUGAGGAGGAGGAGAAAGAUAUCAACAUAAUGGAUAGUGGAGAGGAUGACAUUUCACGACUCUCAUUUUCCCAGCACCACAUGAGCUUUGACAGCAUGGAUUCCUCCAAUAUUGAGGGCCAGGAUGUUAUGACUGACGCUGAAAAUGCUGAACUGCAGGGGAAAUUAAAUGAACUGAAGAGACAAGUUGCAGAAAUACGUCAUAGGCGUGCCUCUCAGGAACAAAGUGAAUUGAACAUAGCAGACCCAGAGCAAAAGGAAAAAGCUCAAGCUAUUUUAAAGAAAAUCAUUCAAGAGGAAAACGAAAAGCUCCAAGAGGUAAGUUGUGGUCAUCCAUCAAAUCAUAUAAUUUACAGUGUUUCAAAAGAUCUGCGAUUUUAAAGUUGUAAGUAAAUCACAAUGAUAAUUAAAUCAUCCUUAUCCAUGAUCUGUAACCCAUUAUCGGUAAUUUUAAAAAAAUCAAACUCUAAGAUUAACAAUUAAGGUAGGUCCAUCCUAUUAAAAAUCUGUGUCAUUUUCCCCCCAAUUAAAUAGCUUAAACAACUCUUAAGCUUACAUUUGACAUACCUUAUUUUCUUAUAAUGUGUCUUCCAGCACAUGCACCCAAAAUCAAAUAUCAAAACAUUUCACACACAAAGUUGAUGUCAUAAUUUAUCAAUGUAUUUGCUAAAACACACCAUGUUAAGUUGUGAUAUAUUAAAACUAAAAUUUAUUCAUUAGUUAUAAACAUUUAAAAAAUUUACAAAGGAAAAUGUAAAUAAUCUGAUGUUUAAGUUGCUAAAUGAUAACUGGACGUUGAUGGCCAGAAUGUAAAAUUCAAGCUGGAUGCAUGAAAGGAUUUACCGGCCUAAAGGUCAUAGGAUACCCAAGAUUUUGGACACAUCAAACAAAGUAGGAUUUUGCUGUGUUUACUAUAACUAUAAAAAUUGGUUUUUGUAGGAUACUAUGGAAGAUUAACUGCAUCUGCAAUAUUUUUAAUAAUCAGAAUCUAAGAUGUGCAAAUAGAAAUGAACUGUAAGCACUUUUUAGUCACAUUCACACUUUCAGAUUUCUGUGCUUCUUGACAUAGAAAUGUCAUCAUUAGUAAAACAAUAAGUGUACAAUUUAAUAUGUAAAGCUGUGUAGGUAGGUUUGCUUUUUUCAAAAAUCACCGUUUAGCCAUUUAUGUGACAGAGAGAGGGUGGAACACAAACAGGUGUGAAUUUAAAAAGAUUCCUUGUUAAGUUAGAGCAUUUCAUUUUAUUUCGGAGAACUUAGCAGUUAGUGAUGUUUUAUCUCAAUUAUUAUAUAUAUUUCUUCUUUGUACCAUAAACCAUUUAACAUGAUGCACAAGGACUCACUCUUAGAUAUAAAACAAAAUUAGUGACUAUCGUGUUUACUUUCUAUUUUUAGCGUUAAAUCUAAACAGACAUGCAUAAACUUUUUUUUUUACCUUUUCAUUCCAUAUACAGUGAAACUUCUUUAAACCGAUGGACUGUCAGACUGAAUGAAACAGUCGGAUUAGAGGGGUGGGUGGCAGGUUUACUGGGAACUUAGUAUUCAUUACAUGUACAGUGAAACUUCUCUAAACCGACGGACUGCCAGACUGAUUGAAACAGUCAGAUUAGAGGGGUGGGUGGCUGGUUUACUGAGAACUUAGUAUUCCUUACAUGUACAGUGAAACUUCUCUAAACCGACGGACUGCCAGACUGAAUGAAAUGUACAGUGAAACUUCUCUAAACCGACGGACUGAAUGAAAUGGUCGGAUUAAAGAGAUGGGUGGCUGGUUUACUGAGAACUUAGUAUUUAGUGAUAUUUUAUCUCGGUUAUCAUUAGACUAUAUUUCUUUUUACCAUGAACCAUAAUGAAUCCACAAGGACUAUCAUUUCACUCUCGGAAAUGAAACAAAAUAAAUGACUAACAUGUUUAUUUUUAGCACUAGAUCUAAAUAAGCAUAACUGUACCUACAUGUACACCUAACAUGUUUUUGAUUUUUUUUAAAAAUUAAUUUUUAGCACCAGAACUGAAUAAACAUGCAUAAACAUUUUGUUCAUGAAUAAAUAGACAUGCAUUUGAGAUUGAAAAACUCCAUAUAAAUUUUAUAUUUUCAAAAAAGUCUUGAUACUUGUUUAAUGUAAAUCCCAAGAUUGUUGAUUGGGAAAAACUGACACAUUAGCAAAUCAGAAUAAGUUUAUUGAUGCAGAACUAGAAGCAUAGCCAGUGGAUUUCAUUUGAUAUAUAGCUACAUGUAUAUACUUGAAUUUCUUCUAAAAGAGUGAUUCAUUAGCUGAUUAAACUUAAUAAUGUUGGUGUUUUACUUAAUCUUUUGUUAAGAAAUAUUUUUCUAUUGUUUGAAAAAUAUGUACAUCCCAUGACAUUAUGAUACUUAUCACCAAAACUAUUGCAAUCACACAUUUUACAUCCAUAUAAACUUCUUUCAAUAUUAUUUCAUCUACCAGUUUCUAUUGGAAGAUGAUGAUUACAAGUUCACAAUUUAGUGAACAUGAUCUUUAAAUCUCCAGACAAAUUCAACAGAUAGUUUUACAGGCCAAAAUUUGUUUUAAAAAUUCUGUAAUUGAAUAUACAUUUAGUUGAGUUAUUGAUAACACUACUCCAUUUUUGUACAAAUUGGUUUUUUAGCACUUCUCUUGUACAAGGCUAUAGCCAGUUAAAGCUAUGAAAUGCUUGAUUUAUAUAUAUAUAUAUAUAUAUAUGACAAUCUACAAGAAUUAUUAUAUCCUAUAUACAUUUUCAUCCAUGGGUGUAUAAAUGACCCAUUCAUAUAACACUUGUAAAAAUAGCACUAGAUUACAUUUGUAAGUUUAUUCUCAUACUAUAAUAUUUGGUCAGUACAUAAACGUUCUUAUUCUAACAUUUGAAGAAUUGUCAAUGGAUACUCAGUACUACUUUCUCCGUACACUAUACAAUGUCCAGUUUUCAGGGUUGGUCGGUUUUGUGAGAAUUUCUUUGUAAGGAAAAUUUUAAAAAUCAACUGAUAUUUCAGGAGGGCCAGUUUUCUGAGGGGCUGGUUUGGAGAAGUUUCAUUGUAUAUUCAUUGUGGGUUAGGUUUCAAUGCUUUAAAAUUAAUGUGGAUUGACGUAUGCAUGAAUAAACUUCCAAAUUGAAAAAAGAAAAAUUGUUUUAAGAGACUCCAGAGAAAAGUUGAAUUAGGAUACUGCUAGUAUGAAGUCAGUAAUUUUAAUUGUAUUUUCAAUGUAUUCCAAGAAAUAUGUAUGAAUUAUGAAUGUAUACUUCACACAAAAGUAUGUACAAAUGAAAAAAAAGAAGGAGAAAAAACAGGAAAUUGUGGCUAUGAAAACAAUGGAUAAAAAGAUCAUUUACUUUGGAAGAUUCAUUUUUAAUUAAUACAUUGUAAUUCUGUUAAUUGAAAUUAGGAUUUUACAAACCAAAUUGGAUAACUGCUACAUGUAGCUUUAAAAGACAGAAAAAUUUGCUGUGAAAGGAAAUAAUAAUUUCAUUGUUUGGAUAUUCCUUAAAACUGAAUUAAUAUAUUAAUUGAAAAGCUGUGUUUUAAUACAGAGUCUGUAGGCUGUAAAUACUAAACCUAAGAAAUUCAAAAUCAGAAGUCAAGGACAUAUCUUUUGAAAUAUCAGCAUCAUUACCGGUCUGUAAUGAAAUGAUUCAGAUGAUGCCAAAAAUCUGUUAUUGAUCACUGAUACGACAGAAAGUCUGUGUACACUUGAGUAAAAUAGGCUAAUGACUUUUAGGAUAAACAACUGUAAUGGAUUUCAAUCAUAAGGAUGAAUCAAUGUAAUACAUUUAUAAUUUUCAUUACAAGCAUAACAUAAUGUCUUAUUGAAUCCUUUCAUGCCAAACAGUGCUGAGAACCAUUAGGAAAGUUUGAAUGACUGUAGUAGAAGAGCCCCUUAAUCAUAGACAACACAACUUCAUUUAAAAGCCCAGCAAGCAUUAUUUCAUAGAAUAUUUUCUUAUAGUAAACUAGAGAGAUGAUAAAUAUAAACAGCAUUGACUUAUUACUCAUUGUCAUUAUCAGGGGCCUCCGUGGCCGAGUGGUUAGAGCAUCGCGCUCAAAAUCACAUGGCCUCUCACCUCUGUUGGCGCGGGUUCGAAUCCCACUCGCGCCGGUAAGUGAGAAUGUUUCUCAGUUUACUUUCGGAAGGUCGGUGGUCUCUUCCCAGGUACAUUGUAUCUGGGUUCUCUCUUCCACCAAUAAAAACUGGGCAUCACUAGAUAACUGAAAAAUUGUUGAGUGUGGCGGAAAACAUCAAUCAAUCAAUCAUUAUCAGUACUUAUAUUAUACAACACAAUGACUACAGAUCUUGGGAAACAAUUCUGUUUUUAUAUGUAUAAAAUACAUAAGAGUUACUGAUAUUCAUAAACAUAAUUAAAGUAUAACAUGUUCAAGAUUUUUAAGAAAUAAUGAUUACUUUUUUUGAAUUGGGGGCUGAUAUGUUCACAUGUCAAAAUAAGAUAGCUGAAAAUGGUAAAAAAAUUAUUCGAUUAUUGAAACCAUACAAUAAGUCAACAGUAACCGUGUAGCUUAAAGUCAGAACCGCAAGUGACAGUGUUGUAGCAUAAUAUCACAAAAAAUACAAAAAUAUUUACUACAUGAACACACUGGAUAAGUACAAAAAUUCUUAUGAAAUCAUUUAUUUGAAUGUUAAACUUUAAUUUACCUAAUACCAUCACGAAAAUAGCUUGGAAUUUUAAUUAGGCUGGACCUUAAGCAGAUUUAAAAGUAGUUGCAGAUGAAUAAAUUACACUAGAUGCGUAAUGCAUAAAUGGUAAUUUGUUUCAAUGGCUUAUAGUAUUUAGGAAAAAUGAAUUGAAAUACAGUUGUAUUCUAGUUUGAGAUGAUUAACUUCUUCAAUUUUAUGUGCUUUACUUCAAAGAUAUCAGAAAAACAGAAAUAAAAAAAAGAUUGGAGAAACAUUCGAAAUGAGAAUUUAUUGAAAAAUGUCAAUGAAACAUUUUCACGUCAAUAGAAAAUAUGUAUUAUAAUUGCAUAAUUUUCAUGUUUUGUGUUUGUUUGAGUUUCAAGUUUUUAGUUAUGUUUAACAAUUUGCUUUCUGUUGUUAAUGUGCAUGAUGUAUUUACAUGAAAUCAUAGAAGCUUCUUUUAAAUAACAUCUUAGAAUUUAGAAAUGUCAGCCAGUUUUGAAGCAAUGGGUUAUAUAUAGGCAGAACCCAUCUCAAACAAACAAAACUUAAUCAGGCAAUACAGAAACUGGUUAGUAGAUGAAAAUAUUACCAGUCUGGCAGAGGAAACAUUAAAAAAUAAUGUGGAAUGUAUAUUUACUAUUUAUGAAUGUAGAUCGAGGCAUGGCAGAGUUUGACACUAAGGCACAGCCGAUCGGCCGAGUCUACUAAAUGAUAGGUCCAGUCGGGUAAAAUAUUGAUUUACUAGUGUUACUGGUCGUGUUGAAAAAAUAAACAAGAAACUUUACUUUAAACCAUAAGAUAUUUUAUUCUUAGCUAAAGAAAAAAAUAACUAAAGAGUUUGCGAGCAAUUUUGAACCAUGUGAUGACAUAAUCUUUAUUUUUAGUUCUAAUAAAUAAGUCACGGUGAGAAGUGAUGUUUUACGACAUCUACUCAAUGUUAAUGUGUGUGAAGUUAUGUUUCGGAUAAAUAGAUAUAAAUUGAAUUCAUUUUCAUUUUUUAAAAAACCCAGUUUAUUUGAAUUAGAUAUAGGAAAGUGUUAAUUGAAUUAAUAAAUUACAUUGUAAACAGCCAUUUUUCGUUGUUGACAUGUGCAGGAAUGUCUACCGUAUAUACUCGCCUAUAAGUUGGUUCGCCUAUAAGUCGGUUGUAUAGUUUUUAGGUUAUUUUGGAGGGAAUUGCCAUUGACCCAUUUGUAAGUCGUCUAACUUUUUUCAAGAAUCAAUUUACAAUUUCUAAUCAAUGCUCUAAUAUUUUUACCUGUGUUUCAAAUAAUAUUUUGAGAAAAGCGUCGAUAUAUGAUAUUUUCCCCCAACAAAUCAAUUUCAUAUCAAUACUCUUAUGUAUUUCUAUCCGUAUUCCAAUAAUGUUUUGGGAUAUGACAUCGAUAUUUCACUUUUUAUUCUCAGCAAAUUAAACAGUUACUAUUUUGUUUAUUUCGUCCAUGUUUUUGUUGUUUAAAAACACUUGGCUAUACAUUACACUAUCCCGAAAAAUAGUAAUCUUCUUAGGACACUCCAGUAAGUCGGACAUAGAGUUUUGGACCAAAAUUUAACUCCCCAAAAUCCGACUACCUAUCCUGGGUUCAGGCCUAUGGGCAGGGCCAAUAUGGUCAUGUAAUGAAAAUGCAUUAAAUCUUAGAAAAUCCUCUUUUCUACUCCCAUAUAUAUUAUGUAUUUGAGAAAUUAUGAUAUCCAUGAAGCUCUCUACCUAAAGUGCGAGAUUCAUGGCUCCAGGAUGAUAGGGGAUCAAAGUUUCACAUAGAAUAUUUAGGGGAAAUCUUUAAAAAUCUUCGAAAGAACCACUGAGCCAGAAAAGUUUACAUUUGCAUGAAAACUUCCUGACGUAGUGCAGAUUCAAGUUUGUUAAAACCAUGGUUUCCGGGGGUAGGAUGGGGCCACUAUUGGGGAUCAAAGUUUAACAUGCAAAUAUGUAGGGAAAAUCUUUAAAAAUCUUCUUCUCAAGAGAAUCACUGGGGUAGAAAAGUUUACAUUUACAUGAAAGCUUUCUGACAUAGUGCAGAUUCAAAUUUGUAAAAAUCAUUGCCCCUGGGGUAAGUUUGGGCCACCAUAGGGAUCAAAGUUUUACAUGCAAAUAUGUAGUCAUUUACCAAAAUUGUAAAUUUCAUGAUAACCAAGGACUGGGAGUAAGGGAUUUUUUUCCGGGGUGGGGCCAAAAUUAUUCAAAUGAUUAUUGUCUUUAUCAUUUGAAAGACUUCUUUGAGUCUACUAAUAUGGUAUACAAACUAAAUGCAUAUUUAGGAAAAGCAGAAAAGGAUAUAUAGUACCAAUAUUGUGAAUUUCGCAACCCUUAAUAUCAUAUCUUGUAAAGUCGUUCAUCAGUAUAGGCACUUCCUGGGGCAUUUAAGUUUUAAGAAGACAUCUUGUUUUAUACUGUUGCUGAAUAUUAGAAUCAAUUUAGCUUAUGUAGAACAGGAAUUUUUUCUAGAUUUCAUAGCCCUUUGGACUAGUGAUACUUUUAACUAAUACUCAGGUGAUCGAUAAGGCCUGUGGGCCUCUGGUUACUUUUUUUUUCUCAAAAGAAGUCCUUUAUGGUUAGAAAGUAUCAUUAUUUAUUUUACACUGUUAAGUUUAAUUUAAAACUAACAAAGUCUAGUGAGACCUAAAAGCUAUGGACUUUUAAUGAAUGAACAACUAAGACUGAAGCAUACAUCUACUCCUAUUUUGAUAAAUUCAAUGUAAAUCAAUUUUAUGAAUGGUCAGGUGGUGGCUGUAUCGUCAUCAAUGGGUUUUUUUCUACCUCAUUCAUUGUGAAGGACUCUGAAGAGCUGUUGACUAAUUUUGAUUGUGAUGGAGUAUAUAGAUGAUGGUCUCUUAGACUGAUCAAUAUUUGAAAAAUCCCUGUCAUUGUUUACCAAAAUCAAAGGUCACAAAUACAGAGUGGAGCAUGGUUUUCUAGACAAUGGACAUCCAAGAACAGCCAUUGAAAAGUCUAAGAGGAAUCAAUGCUGCAUUGUUAUAAUAAAUGCUUUUAUGGCCCCAUAAAGUCAGAAACUCAAUUAAUUCUGCUGGUAUGUUUACUUGGUAAAAUACCUUUUGAAUUUAGAUUGAUACUGUCACAAUACGAGUUCCAUUGUUCUGGAGACAAAUGUUUUACAUUCUCACAUAAUUUUCAGCAUUGACAACCCUUAUAAUUGAUGGUAGUCAUGAACACUCCAAUAUUGUGAUUUAUUUCCAUGCUUUAAAUAUUCAAUAACAGAUACUGUAUUACAGAAGAUGUAGAAGGGGAUAUGUCCUGAACUAUAUGUAUCAAUUAAUGAUUUCUGUUCUGACAUUCUGAUAUUGUUGUAUUUCAAAAAUUGGGAUUAACAUAUUUACUUUGAAUAGAAAAGAAAAGAUAUUAAUAUAGUUAGAAUUUUAAUUUUGAAAAUACAUGAAGUUAUGAACUGCAACACUUUCUGUCAGCAUAAUUCAUGAAGUACUUUAUAAUUUCAAAAAUGAAAUUUAUUUUUUGUAUUUACAUUUUACUUUUAUUUCAGUCAGAAUUCCCAACUAUAAAAAUAGACGUACUAUAUUUAUUAAGAUGUGCAUUGUUCAUAACUGCACUGCAUUCAUGAGGAAAUGGAUAUCAUUACAACUUGUAAAGACAUAAAGGCAAAAACAUUGGAAAUGUAAAAUACCAUAUAUAGAACAGAAAAGAGAAUACACAGAUUUUAAAAAAUCACAUACUAUGCAGGGUUCAUAAAUAUGCAUCACCUAGAUUAAUAUAGAUUGAAAAGGAGAAAUUUAAAAUCAUACCAGUCUUGGAUAGCUGCAGCAUUGUGAUUAUUAGUGGUACUGAGCCAAAGUGUGUGUGUCUGCCUGUCUGUCAAGUGUAAACUUCUCAAAUUUUAAUCUUCUUCUCAAGAACCACUGGACCAAUUUCAAACAAACUCAGAGGCAUCAUAUUAGUAUCCUAACACAAAAGGGGUAUAUUUUAAGCUGUUUUUCCAAAAACAUUAAGAGCAAGUUUGGAUAUGUUUCAUAUUUAUGCCUUAGAUUUAUCUUUCUACUAGUGCAAGUUUGACAGAAAAAUUUUGUUUGUCAACAGAUUUGCUUUGUAAGAAAUAUGUUUACAAACAUUAGCAUUACCUAUAUUGGAAUAUGUAUUCCAAAUAACUGUAAAUUUCAAAGGCAGACUACAUGAAACAGUGUUUGACAUGAUUUCUUAUACAUGUAUGACUUAAAUACAAUUUAAUCUAUAUUCAUAGCUUUAAAACAAUUUUUUCUGUAUCACUCUUGAAUUAUGUGCUGGAGGGGUGUUAAGAUAUUGACUAUGUAGUAUUCACUCCCUUAGACUCCAAAGUUGGUAGGGAGCUCAAAAUAUAUAUGCAUUAUGUUUGUGAUGAAAUGUUUCACAGAUCAUUUACAUCCCCAUUUCUUAGUUAUUCAAGCAGCUUUAUAAUAAUACAUUGAAACAUAUGAGCUAUCUGAAUAGUUGUGCAAACCGUCUGCACCAAGCUUUAAAUUUUAUGGCAAAAAUACUAUUUUUAUCUGAAGAUUUUUUUCCGAUAGCAAGCAUGUUCUGAAUAGAUAAGUUUCACUGUAUUUUUCAUUAAAAUAAAAA